AUGACCGGUUUGAUGGAAUGCGUAGGGGCGUCAAGAAAGGUUUUCGAGUACAUGUAUCGUGAACCAGAAAUUCCAAAUGAUGGAGAGAUGAAACCACCCCUUAGUGGGCGGAUCGAGUUCAAAGAAGUAGAGUUCACCUAUCCGUCACGGCCAAACAACAAAGUGUUGAAGGGUUUGGAUUUGGUUGUUGAGGCUGGGCGUACAACAGCACUUGUUGGGCCUAGCGGCGGUGGAAAAUCGUCGAUUGUUUCGCUGAUUCAGCACUUUUACGAGCCAACCAGUGGCACCAUCACGAUUGAUGGCGUCAAUAUAAAAGAUAUUUCCCAUAGUUUCUACCAUCAGAAGAUUGCUCUCGUUGCUCAAGAGCCAAUCCUCUAUAACGGUUCAGUACGAUACAACAUACUGUACGGUUGCGAGUGGGCAACGGAGGAGGACAUGCUCCGGGCGUCUAAGACGGCUAACGUUCAUAAUUUUGUAACUGAACUCGAGAAAGGCUACGAUACUAAUUGUGGAGAAAAAGGAGUACAAAUGUCAGGUAAGAGUUUCGACUGGUUUCUCAAAGAAUCGCAGUCACUUUCUAUUCGCGUAUCCCCGAUCCAAGAAUGA